AUGUGUAUCCAAUCAGCAGGUUUCCAAGGUCUCUUUUGCAAGACGAAGAUUCGAAAGAAAUUCAGAACACGGCAAAACGUUACCCUAAAUUCCAAUCGAUGGGCUGGCCGGACUCCAAUUCAGCGAAUACAUCGCAAGAGUUGGAUCCCACCUGAUCUAGCCGAACAGCGCUCAGAUCCUGAUAAAAUAUCGCAUUACUCGAAGCAGGAUUAUGUUAUCGGAGAGUCAUCCCAGGGCACGCUGCAAAGGAUUGCCCAUCGACUCAACAAUGGCCCCAGCCCAGCGCAAAUCCUGCCAGAGCCAGAUACUUCGGACUUAGAAUCAGAGAUGGCGGAACUGUCGAGACAAAGAUCUGCAGCAAUAGAGCUCGACGGCAAUUCCUUCGCAGUCGAACUUGACGCUGGCCCUGUCGUCGAUCUCACUCAGCAAGCGAACCGUCCGCAGGGCGAGACUGACAGUAGCAGACUCUCGGAAGGAAACCCCAUGGGCCACCCGUCUGGUCCAUCCAAUGAACCGCAAGAUCUGCAAGCGGACACUGAGCACGCUUCGCCGAGGGCCGCUCCUCAGGUGGGGAAAGCAGAUAGGAAGUGGGAGGGAGGUUUCUUUCGGUUUUGA